AUGGCGAGGCGCAAUGAUGGCUGGGGCGACGGCGACAAGAUCAAGAUUGGUGUCUGCGUCAUGGAGAAAAAGGUGUCGUGUUCUCCCAUGGAACAGAUUCUUGAGAGGCUGCGCGCGUUCGGCGAGUUCGAGAUUAUCAUUUUUGGUGACAAAGUGAUUCUUGAAGAUCCCAUUGAAAGUUGGCCUAUAUGUGAUUGUCUAAUCGCCUUUUACUCGUCCGGGUAUCCACUAGAAAAGGCAGAGAAAUAUGCAGCUUUACGAAGGCCCUUUUUGGUGAACGAGUUGGCCCCACAAUACCUCCUUCAUGACCGCAGCAAAGUAUAUCAGCAACUUAAGUUGUAUGGGGUUCCUGUUCCAACCUAUGCUGUUGUCAGAAGAGAGUACCCUAAUCAAGAAUUAAGCUACUUUGUUGAGGAAGAUGAUUUUAUUGAGAUCCAUGGGAAGCGGUUUUGCAAGCCUUUCGUGGAGAAACCCAUUGAUGGUGAUGACCAUAACAUAAUGAUAUACUAUCCUAGCUUAGCUGGUGGAGGAAUGAAAGAACUGUUUCGUAAGGUUGGUAAUCGAUCUAGUGAGUUUUAUCCAUAUGUGAGGAAGGUGAGGCGAGAUGGAUCUUACAUUUACGAGGAGUUCAUGCCUACAGGAGGGACAGAUGUCAAGGUUUAUACAGUUGGGCCUGUAUAUGCACAUGCUGAAGCACGGAAGUCUCCAGUUGUGGAUGGGGUUGUCAUGAGGAAUUCUGAUGGAAAAGAGGUGCGCUAUCCUGUUCUAUUAACCCCUUCUGAGAAACAAAUCGCAAGGAGCAUUUGCCAAGCCUUCAGACAAGCGGUGUGCGGCUUUGAUCUUCUAAGGUGCGACUUGGGAGAGGCAACAUCCUAUGUAUGUGAUGUCAAUGGCUGGAGUUUCGUGAAAAGUUCAUACAAGUACUAUGAUGAUGCUGCAUGCAUUCUGAGGAAAAUCUUUCUUGAUGAGAAAGCUCCACAUAUUCCAUCAACCAUUCCUACUAGUCUUCCAUGGAAAAUCAGUGAGCCAGUCCAACCAUCUGAUGCUGUGAGAUGUCAUGAGAGGGGAACUGUUGGAAUAUCUAGGCCAUCAGAAGAGCUGCGCUGUGUCAUAGCUGUUAUACGCCAUGGGGAUCGCACACCAAAGCAGAAGGUGAAGCUAAAAGUAACUGAAGAAAAGCUUUUGAAUUUGAUGUUGAAAUACAAUGGUGGAAAGGCCCAUGCAGAGGCUAAGCUUAAAAGCGCUUUGCAGCUGCAAGAUCUAUUAGAUGCAACAAGAAUCCUGGUUCCGCGUGCUAGAUCUGGUCGUGAAAGUGAUAGCGACGUUGAAGUUGAGCACGCGGAGAAGCUACGCCAAGUUAGAGCUGUCCUUGAAGAGGGUGGACAUUUUUCUGGUAUCUAUAGGAAGGUACAGCUAAAACCAUCAAACUGGGUCCGCGUUCCUAAAGAUAACAGAGAAGGGGAGGAGGAGUAUCCAGUUGAAGCCCUAAUGGUUCUUAAGUAUGGUGGUGUUCUAACUCAUGCAGGAAGGAAGCAGGCGGAAGAAUUGGGAAGAUACUUCAGAAAUAAUAUGUAUCCAAGUGAAGGGCCAGGAUUGCUUCGCCUCCACAGUACAUAUAGGCAUGAUCUGAAGAUAUACAGCUCAGAUGAAGGUCGCGUUCAGAUGUCUGCUGCGGCUUUUGCUAAAGGUCUUCUUGAUUUGGAGGGGGAGUUGACACCAAUCCUGGUUUCACUUGUUAGUAAGGACUCGUCUAUGCUAGAUGGACUUCAGGAUGGUACUAUUGACAUAAAUGAAGCAAAGGCUCAAUUGCAUGAUAUCAUCAUAUCUUCUGAAGUUGCAAAUUGUAAUGAACCUAUGGAAUUCCCAUGGAUGGUUGAUGGAGCUAGAGUGCCUAAAAAUGCUUCUCAGCUUCUCACAGAUUUGGCUGAGUUGACAAAAGAAAUAACCGCGCAAGUAAAGAUGCUUUCUGAUGAUGAAGAUGAGAAAGCUGCCAUAGGUGGUGAUUCACCAAAUCCUCCUUAUGAUAUAGCAACAGCACUGGGGAAUGCAGAAAUUGAUACGGAUCGUAUUUCUGCUGGAUUGCCUUGUGGUAGUGAAAGCUUUCUUUUGAUGUUUGCCCGUUGGAAGAAACUAGAGAGGGGUCUCUACAAUGAAAGGAAAAAGCGCUUUGACACUACACAAAUUCCUGACAUAUAUGACUCUUGCAAGUAUGACCUUCUUCAUAACUCGCAUCUCAACCUUACUGGUCUGAGUGAUCUCUUCAAAGUUUCUCAGUUGCUAGCUGAUGGUGUCAUUCCAAAUGAAUAUGGAAUAAAUCCAAAGCAGAAACUCAAAAUUGGCUCAAAGAUAGCACACCGUUUAUUGGGGAAGAUUCUAAUUGACCUGCAUAACACAAGACGAGAGGUUACUGCUGCUGCUGCUGAAUCUUACACACAUAACGAUACAACGACAGUGUCAUCUGCAAAACUUAAGGAGAGGAGUUACUAUGAGGAGGUUAGGAAUGAAUGUGUUGAAAGAUCUAGCUCUAACAAGAAGGCCAUUGAUCUAGAUGACUCCCACGAGGAAACAAAAUACUGCUUGGAUCCAAAAUAUGCCAAUGUGGUUGAUCCUGAGCGACGUGUUCGAACAAGGCUCUAUUUUACAUCGGAAUCACACAUACACUCUCUAAUGAACAUACUUCGCUAUUGCAAUUUAGACGAAUCUCUGAAUGGAGAAGAGAGUCUUGUUUGCAGAAGUUCUCUAGAUCUGCUAUUUAAAACACGUGAACUCGACUACAUGAGUUACAUUGUGUUGCGUAUGUUUGAAAAUACAGAGGUACCUUUGGAACACCCAAAGAGAUUUCGUAUAGAGAUGACAUUUAGUCGUGGUGCAGAUAUAAGUUCCUUGGAGAGUGGAGGCAAAGAAUCUUUGCUGCCUGAUGAUCACACAAUGCCGAUUAUGGAGCCUGAGAGAUUGCAGGAAGUUGGAUCAUAUAUCACCUUAGACAAAUUUGAUAAAAUGGCUCGCCCAUUUGCAAUGCCAGCUGAAGAUUUUCCUCCAGCUGCUCCUUCUCAACCUUUGCCCGUCCGGUUCUGCAAGAAUAUCGAAUUACAAGCAGGAAAACUGCAGCAUAAGUCAAACAUGCUGAGUGGUAUUUUGAAAAGGAAGACAAAAAAGCUUCAGGAAUAG